CGCUACGUCUUGACGUCAUUCAACACGCCACACCGGGACUCAGAGAACUCUCACCGGGACCCAACGAACUCUCACCGGGACUCAGAGAACUCUUACCGGGACUCAGCGGACUCUCCCUCGCGCCGACAUGGCCGUUUAAAGGCGCGCGCGGCUCUCCUUGCAGCGGCAACAACCCGGCAGUGCAAAGGCUAAGUGCACUGGCUAUUUCUGGCAAAAUGGCGUCUCUCUCUGCAAUCAACCUCAGCUUUGCUGCCGUCGACAGCAGAACCGAACCCCUGGACCCGUGGACCUCCCCGGGCUCGCCCUCGUUCUCACUCGCCCGCUCACAGUUGACGGCGCCCUGCAGUCAUGACCCUCUCCCAGCUGGCCGUGGAGGCCCUGUACUUAGGGCCCUCGUUCCUGACGGCUGACCCCAUGGGGCCCCUUCUGGACCAAGAUGAAGAAGAAGCUCUCUCUCCCUCCUCCUCUCUAGAGGGCAAGGCUCCAGCUUCGCCCCCCCUCUCUUUCUCCUCCUACACCUCCUCCCCCACUGCCCCCACCCACCCCUCCUUGUUCCUGGGAACCAAGGCCGGAGCGGACCCCCUGGCCCUCCCCUGGCUGGGGGCCGGAGACCUCCUCCCCGUCGACAUGGGAGCGGACGACGGCAACGAUGAUGCCUUUGCGGGUAUGGACUGGAUGUCGGAGAAGAUCAACCUGAGCGAGUUCGACCUGGAGACCCUCAUCGGCUCCUCAGACGAGGGGCCCUGCUCCCCCCGGGGCCUCCUGGACUCCUUCCACGCCGCCGCCAUCGCCCCCCUCCCCCUGGUGGCCGAGGCGGUUCCCGACCGGCAGGUUGUUUCUGCGCCAAACGACCCCUCUCUGCUGGCUCCGCCCUCUCCGGCCUUCACGCUGGAGCUGGGCAGCGAGGUGGACGUCCUGGAGGCGGAGAAGGCGCCGCUGUCCCUCUCGCUCUCCGUGGCUCCAGACCCCGGAGGGCGCCACCAGACCCCCGUCCUGCUGUCGCUGCCCGUCUUCGUGGUGGUCCCCUCCGGCGAGCCCCCCCUCGUGUCCGUCACGCCUCCUCCGGCGGCCGACAGCGACUCGGGCAUCGAGUCCGUGGCCGGCUCGCCCGCCCGCCUCCUCGCUCUGGCAGCCGGUUCCUCCAGGACCAAACCCUACUCCAGACCCGAGUCCUCCUCUGGCCCCCCCUCCCCCUCGGCCAAGACCCCGCCCCCCCGGGUCAAAUGUGUGUCCGGCGCUCCCAAGGUGGAGAAGAAGCUGAAGAAGAUGGAGCAGAACAAGACGGCGGCCACCCGGUACCGGCAGAAGAAGCGGGUGGAGCAGGACCUGCUCGGCUCCGAGUGCGACGAGCUGGAGAAGAGGAACGGCGAGCUGGCGGAGAAGGCGGAGUCUAUCAGCCGCGAGAUCCAGUACCUCAAGGACCUGAUGGAGGAAGUCCGCAAGCGGCGCGUCAAGUCCAGCGCGGUGGGGUAGCGGCAAGUGAGGGUGGGCGAAUGGAACGCACCCUGCGAAGAGUUUAAAGAGUCUCUGGAAAGUCCAUGAUUGACAUGUUGGGGGCGGGGCUUGAGUGUAGCCACGCCCCCUGGGAGCCCCACAGUCACACAAAUAUAAAAUAAAUAUACACUUUUACACACAAGCAGUAUUUGUAGUAACAUCUGACCCCAGUUCAGUUCCUCCUCCUUCUUCACAGCUUCAGUCCAGAAGAGGCCUCAACAUAUUGAUGAGUUGUUGGUCAACACGUUGUUGUUGUGUACAUAGUGUUCUUCUCUACCGCUUGCCUUUAGUUUUAUUUAAAGAUUAAAGCUGUAACUUCCUGAGCAGCUCGGCUUGUUUUGCUCUUUCUAAUAAACAUCCUGCUCAACUUC